CCCAGAACAAUGGCGAAUACGCGGAAGGGCGGAAUGUCCUUUAUUUGCCUGCUUUGUGUGUUGGACCUGGUUAGGGGACAGAUUCGCUACAUGAUCCCUGAGGAACUGGAGCGCGGGGCCUUUGUUGGGAAGAUCACGGAGGAUUUAAAACUAGAAGCUUGGAAAUUGUCUGCCCAUAAAUGUCGGCUUGUGGCCAAUGAGAGAAAACAAUAUAUUGAGGUAAAUCUGGAAGAUGGGAUUUUAUUUGUUAAUGAAAGAAUCGACAGAGAACAGAUUUGUAGGCAAAGCUCUACUUGUUCCCUUUCUUUUGAAAUAGCGCUCGAUAAUCCGUUAGAAAUGCAUCGAGUUGUAGUAGGAAUACUAGACGUUAAUGAUAAUUCACCUCAAUUUUCCAAAGCCGAAUUUUCUUUGCAAAUCAGUGAACUCGUUGCACCAGGGGCGCGCUUUCCUCUUGCGAGAGCGCACGACCCGGACGUGGGGACAAACGCGAUCAGCACUUAUCAGAUCAGUCCAAAUGACCAUUUCUAUAUUAAAGUGCAGAUCAGAAGUGAUGGGAGUAAGAGUGCUGAGUUGAUAUUAGACAAGUCAUUAGACCGUGAACAGCAAUCUACCUUUCAUCUUACACUGACAGCUAUCGACGGUGGAAUUCCUCCCAGAUCUGGCACGGCUCGGAUGACUAUUAUGGUCGUGGACGUCAAUGAUAAUGCACCUUUAUUCGAUCGUGAAAUAUACAAGUCGACUCUAGCAGAAAACAGCGCUAAAGGUACCUUAGUGGCAACAAUCAACGCUGUUGAUUUGGAUGAGGGUACGAACGCUGAGAUAACAUAUUCUUUUACACAUCACGUUUCCGAAAGGAUUCGCGAGUUGUUCACAUUGGAACCGAACAAUGGGGAGAUUCGAGUUGAAGGGGUACUAGAUUUUGAAGAAUCAACUGUUUAUGAACUUGAUGUACAAGCUGUGGAUAGCGCUGUACCUGGAUUGGCAGGGCAUGCCAAAGUUAUGGUUAAUCUACGUGACCUUAAUGACAAUUUUCCCGUGAUAGACGUAACGUCGGUAUCAAGCACGGUUUCUGAGGAUACUGUACCCGGGACGGUAAUAGCCGUCAUCACUGUUACAGAUUUAGAUUCGGAGAAAAACGGACAAGUUCAGUGUCAAGUUCUUAGGGAUGGUCCAUUUAAACUGCAAAAGUCUUUAAGGAAUAAAUUUGAAUUGUUAACACGCGAUAUUCUGGAUCGAGAAACAGUGCCAUUCUACAACAUCUCUCUCUCAGCCUGGGACGAGGGUACUCCCACGCUUUCAGCCCAUAAAACUAUUCUGAUUGAACUUUCUGACAUCAAUGACAAUGCACCGAGGUUUACACAAUCGUCGUAUAACGUGUAUCUGAUGGAGAACAACACUCCUGGUGCUUCUGUAUUUACAGUUACCGCUUUAGAUUCUGAUACAGACAAGAAUGGUGACGUGGCGUAUUCUAUUUCGGAGAAUCGUAUGCAAACGGGUCCUGGUUAUGUCACAAUUAACUCCAAAAAUGGUAAUAUUUACUCACUUCGCUCCUUUGACUAUGAGAGAUUGAAAUAUUUCCAGAUCCAAGUUGAAGCCCAGGACACGGGAUCGCCCCCUCGGAGUAGCACUGCCACCGUGAAUGUUAUAAUCUUGGAUCAAAAUGACAACGCACCAGUUAUUAUCUCACCCCUAUUGUGGAACAGUUCAGCAUUAUUGGAGAUUACACCGCAGUUGGUACAUCCAGGGUACCUAGUUAGCAAAAUAAUCGCCACUGAUGCCGAUUCUGGACAAAAUGCACGGCUUUCCUACCAAGUGUUGGAGGGCACUGAUUCCAGAAUGUUUACUGUGGGUCAUGUAUCUGGUGAAAUUAGAGCAACACAAAAUAUCAGAGAACACGAAAUCGCUACAGAAAGACUAAUUAUCCUUGUGAAGGACAAUGGACAGCCAAGACUCUCCAGCACCGCCACGAUCUCCUUCAUAAUCGUAGUCAAUGUUACUGACAAAUCAUCGGAACUAAGUGACAAACCGAGAUUAUCGGAAUAUUUUUCUGUACCUAAUCGUUACUUAAUUAUUAUUUUAGGAUCGACAUCGUUUGUGUUUCUUGUUGCCAUAAUUGUUCUCGUCAUCUUGAAGUUUAGACAAGACGGAAGUAUUGCUGAAAUAUAUAACUCCAGCGAACUUUGUCACAGGAGUAGCAAUUCGAAUGGUAGUUCUUAUCAUAGACCUUCCCCAAACGAGCGAUUAAAUUGUGCUGGACCUGUCCAAAAUGAAGGUUAUCAUUACACCAUCUGUUUAUCUCCAGAAUCAUCGAAAAGUGACUUUCUGUUUCUAAAGCCCUGUCAUCCUACCGUGCCAUUCAAAGAAGCGAAUGUCCGGCGCACCAAUGUGGUGAAUUAA